CAGUGGACGGCCCUUGAGCCUUCGCCGCCCGCCUCUCCUCCUACUCCAUGUGCGGAAACUUCGGCCUCCUGCUCCUCCUCCCCGCGCAUCGCCGCGCGACGCUUCGCCUGCUGCGCAAGAUGCUACGCAUCACCAUGAUACGCGGGGCGCAGUCGGCUGGGAUAGCGACGUACGAUCGCUCCGGCGUGGGCUUGCGCUGCAGAGUCGUGAAUGGCAAGCGGACUGACCUCGAGGACGUGCUGUUCAAAAGGUUUUCGCGCUCGUACGCCGACAUGACCUGCGGUCUGUUUCAGGGCCACACCCGCUUCGCAACGUCUUCCGUCUGCAACAUCGCUGGCUGCCACCCGCAUCAGUGGCUACCGCGAUCAAAGCAGAUGGCGUGGAGGCUCGCAACAAACCCAGCCUACCGCUUUGUUUGCGAGCGCCGCAGCGUCGAGAGCUUCAUCACGCACAACGGCGACUGCGACGCCUUCACCAUCCACGGCAACACUUAUGCCAUCGCAGACCUGCAGCUCCUCCUCGUCCGCCUUCUGGGCCACCCGAUUCCGAGCGACGUCGACUCUGCGUGUGUGGCAGGCCUACUAGACAUGCUACGAACCAAGGGCGUCUGGCUGGCCUCUGUGCGCUAUGGCUACCUUUUCGGCGCCCUUUCGACCGCCGGAUCCCUGCACGGCCGCUGCCAUGAGCUCGCGAGCGCCGCACAGCUCGAACAGCUCGCCGAUGCCUUCGAGAAGCAGUGGCAAGCGCUCGUUGCGUCGAACGAGGAGCUGACCGCCGCUUCGCAGUGCACGCGCGCCUCCAGCGGCACGGCAGACGCCGCCUCCGCCGAAUGCGUCCUCCUCGAGGCGCUUGGCAAGAGAAUGGUGGAGCGCAUGCAGGAGCGUUUCGCAAAUGCCCCGCUAGCCGGCAUGCUGCCGCUGCUGCAGGCCGAGCUGUCACCUGGCAGCGGGCGGCAGCACACGGGAGAGGCGCAGUGGCAGCAAGCCGCGGCUGUUCGGCUCAUCGAGUGUGCCGUCUCCGCCUUUCUCUUUGGUGACCUGCUGCGUGCUGCGCUCGAGCUGCUGCGCGGCGCCGAUGGCUCGUUCGGACUCGUGCUCUCAAGCUCGCUCGAUGCGGGGCGCGAGGUGGUGGUCGCGGCUCGCGGGCAGACGAUGUCGCUCGCCUUCUACCCCCGGCGCGGCCUCGUCGCGUUCGGCUCGGAGGCGACAGCCACAAAGGUGCCGAUGCAAGAGGACGUGGUGGGGGGGGCCGACCAACCGGCGCAACCGGCGUACCGCUACGACCUCGACGAUGUGCGCGGGGAGACGGUGCUACUCAGAUGGGACGAGCCGCCGCCGCCGCAGCCCAGCCCGCCUCCGCCUUGGCAGACGGCGCGCAUCUGUUGCGCGGGUGAGCCGCGCACAGCCGCGGAGGCCUUCCGAUACGAUCCGGCCAGCGUCAGCGCGCCUGCAGGCGCCGCCGCCGCCGCGUCCCUGGACCCAGAGGCAGGCUCUGUGCGCUCAAGUAGCAGCACCGCACGCAGCCUGUUUGUCGUCAACGUGCUGGACCGUGACGCUGACGGCAGUGGCGGCGGCGAAGAUGCGCUGCCACCAAUGUGGAGGGGUAGAUUAGCGCUCAACGCCAACCCGCUGCUCAGUCCGCCGCCGCCGCUGGUCGAGAAGGACCCUGUUGGUGCCGACUUGCGCGCCAUCCCUGCGGUGCUGUCGCGCCUGAACGCCGAUUUUGACACGGAGCAGCCCUCACCGAACCGAGUCGCUGCGUGGACGCUUACGAGUCAGCUGCGCCGGCGGCUGCGGAUGCACCGCGACGGCGCACACGACGGCUCAGUCGACGUCCUGAUCACCGGAUGCGAGGUGAGCCUAUGGGUGGGCGAGCAGUUCGCGUCCGACUUGCAGCUGCUCUACCCAAAGCUGUCGAUUGUGGUGCUCUCCUCCAACAAGCUGCUCGGGCAGCUCGGCAACGCGAUGCCCAUCCCACAGCUCGGCCACCGCUUCAACGAGCGCUCGCACGACUUUCGCGGCACCGUGGCCCUGGUGUUGACUCACUCGGGUUCGACGUUUGCGCCGCUCGCGUGCUGCUCGCUGCUCAAGGGCUACACCGAGAUGCUCUUCGUGGUGACGUCCGACCUCGAUACACAGGCGGCAGCCGUUGUGCGCACCUCGGGCGCGUCGGCGUCCGCAAAGGCGAGAAUCGACAGCCUGGGCUCAAACGCCCCGCCCUUCCUCGACCUCGAGUCGCAGUUCGUUUUCACCACCCAUGCGGGCUUUCGGUCUGCCGAGCCGUGCUCGGUCUCACUGGUGGCGAUGCACCACCUGCUCACAAAGCUGCUCAUUUUCGCCAUGGCCUACCUCGCGCACUCCGAGCACCAAAGGCGCCUUGCUGAUGACGGCGGCAUGCGUGGCGACGACGGCGAUUACGAUCAUGUAUCGAUCUGCGGCUCGUCCUUUACGUUUGAGGAGGCGCGUGAGCUGGCGACGCUCAGUCGGCAACAGCCCGCGGCGAUCGCCGAAAUCGUUGGGACCACGCAAACGUCGGCCGCGCUGCGCCGCCAGGGGAAACUUGAGGGACCGAUUGCGUGGGUGCUUAGCGUCGUCUACAUCGCGGCGACCGUGAUAGCAGGAGUGACCCCCCUGAGCGCCCUAUGCAGCCACGCUACUGGCAACGUGUCGCCCGCGGCCGUCUACGUCGUCGCCAUAGCCGAUGUGGCCAUCUACGCCUUCCUCGCGUGGUGGACGACCGUAGUACUGCGACUGCUGCAGGGGCGGCCGUUGCUGCACCGCGUGGCCGGCCGAUCAGUGCUGAUUGGCGACGUGCCAUGGGUGUCACAGGCGGCGGAGGCUUUUGCAAGCAAGCUCUUCGCUCUCUCCUACUCGAUCGCCUCGUGCUCGUUCGCCUCCGCUAACCCGGCAGACCACCUUGUACACCGACACACGCACCGCGUUGUGCGCGGCUCGCUGCUUGCAAUCGGGCGACCGGACGGGCGCGUCAACGCCCUCACGACGGCGGAGGCGGCGUGUGUCCUCUCGGUGAAUCAGGCGUCCUCGAUACAGAACUUGGGCGUGACGUGUGAGAGCGUGACGCUCGGUCACAACCCGUUCGAACUGCCGCUCUCCGCGAAGCACCUUGUGCUGCCGACGCAUCGCCCGCGCUUCAUGGCGUCGGUGAGCAUGGACGGCCGGGCGAAGCUCCGCUCGCUCGUGGAGCGCGUGCAUGCAGACGUGCGGAGGCGGAGGCGGUCGCUGCGGUCGCACGGGCUAGAGGAGCUCUCCAUCGGGCGGAAUACGCACAGCAGUGGCGGCGCCGACUGCGCGCCCAGUGUGAUGAAGGCGACGUUUACGCAAGUCGGCCGGCGCAGCCGCAAGCACUUCGAACGCGCAGCCGGCCGGCGCGACGCCUUUCCGCUCGCGCGCACAAGCUUUACAGUCGAGCCGCUGGCGGAGCCCUACCUUGGCGCGUGGAUGGUGCGCCGCCCGGACUUGGCCACACUCGGCGUGGAUGAGCUGAUGCGGCGGCAGCAGCUGGUGCAGGUGCUGUCGGAGACGCGCUUCGACGCGUUGCAGCGCCUCUGCGCCUUCUUCGUGAUUUUCCACGAGAUGGGCAAGACGGUCGCCGACUGGUGGCCAAGGCACUCACUCGGCCUGCUCGGCUACGACAUGAGCCGCUCGCAGAGCAUCAUGCGUGUGGCGACGACUGCUUCGCCAGUCUCGGGGAUGGAAGGCACAUCGAGUGGCGAGCCUCCUGCCUCUGCGCUUGCAAAAGUGCUGCACAUGCGGCAGAACCCCGCGGCGACGGCGGCGGCGGCAGCGGUGACGGCAGCGGCGACGGCGGCUGCGGCAGUGGCGGCGGCGGCUGUGCGCGAACCUGCGUGCGGCCAGGGCGGUGGCGUGCGGGAUGCGCCGCCGGAGGAGAUCGACGCGCUGCGGGCGCAGCUCGCCACCGUGGCAAAGCAGAAUACGCGCGUGCCGCUCGCGAGGAGGGACCAAUCCACGACCCGCCCUCUGACGCGCCCGUGCGGCUGCUGGCAAUCGCCUCGGCUCUCGCCGCCGUCUCACGUGCUCCCCGCCCCUCCCUCCCACUCGCAGGCGGUCCAGUCCCUGAUGGGAUACCGCGUCGACCUGCACGAGGGCUCGUGCUACCAUCUCCACCUCGGGGCGCGCGGCGUGCUCCGCUUCCGGCGCACGCCGCAAGGCGACUUCGAGAUGCUCGAGUCGCCGCUUGCCGCCGACUUGCUGGGCGACCCGCGCGUCAGGCGCUUCUUGGAGGAGGAGCACUCGAUCCCCGCUUUCCUCGCCGCAGGCCUGCUGUCGGGCUCAUGA